GAAAGGGGGAUUCCAAAUUGUUUCGUUGCAUUCGUUCAUCCAUUCAUCGAGUGUACCAGUAAUUUCGAUUUUAGUUCAUUCAAAAUUCAUCAAACACUUUAGGGAGAGUCCAGUCUUUAGAUUAAACUGCCACUAAACGUACAGAAUCUUCAAAAUGAACUUUAGUGCCCUUAGACUUCUCACACCGCUACUUCUGCUCGUGCAGUUUUGCACAAGUGAGAACAGAUACUGUCAAGAAGCCGUAGAGAGUGUGACGACCGUGGGAUCCUGUCCUACGACCAAAGCAGGAUGGGACGCUGCGGCACAUAGGAAGAACUGUAGCAGAAUAGCAUCCACUCAAAAGUGUUCAGAUGUUGACAAAUUUGUAUACCACUGUGUAAUCAACGGUUACAGGAACCAAACGCUUGAAGUCUGCGCACCCUUAAGAAUAAUUUUCGGACAUUGCGUAGAGUUCAAUGUUGGUGGUGGAGUAAUUCAAGAUCAGAGAUCGGCUAAAUGCAACGAUACAUUCCCUAAAUGCGAGAGCAUUUAUAACUCAGUUGAUGCCUACAAAUACCCCGACUGCUAUAAGCUCGUUUCCCUGAGCGAUACAUUAUACUCAACAACAACCAGCAGUACAAAUACUGUUGCUACAGCAGCCGCGGCAUCAACAAAAGAAACAACAACGUAUGAAUCAGACUCGGCGAAAAAUAUUGCCAUAAUUGCAGCUGUUGUUUCUGUGACUACCAUAAUUCUUAUUGUUGCCAUCAUAUUAGUUCUAUGGAAAAGACGAUGCAAAAAAAGAAGGCAGAGAGUACCUAAUGGCGAAGUACCUAAUGGCGAAGUACCUAAUGGCGUAGUACUUGGUGGAGAAGCACAAGAAGAGAUCAAUUGCACAGAAGAGGUAGGCAUGCUCCAGAGAGGAUGUGAUGCGUUGACUAUUGCCAAUAACGUAAAGGACACCGAAGAGGAACAGAACAAAUGUCAGAAGUCUGCAACAGAUACUCAGACAAAAGAUCCACCGGACUGCAAACGCACAAGGACGUAUUCCUCUUGAUAUCGGCGAUAUAGUCCUAGAGUGUGGAUGGAAUUUUUGCUCAGCGUGCCAAGAAACAAACGAUUAUGUGUAGAACAGUCGAAAGUAUACCAGUGCACAAAAACAUGUGAUUUUGAAUGUAUAUACGUGCAAUUUUUGUAGUAUUGAAGGUUGUAUAUACAUGUAUUUGAUUGUGCUUGUAAACGUAUACCAUUAUCCCCUAGGUAUGCAUGCAUUUUUUUGUACACUUGCAUGGUUGUAUAUUCAUGUAUGUGAUUGUGCUUGCCAAAUGAUCUUUCGUAGGUAUGCAAGCAAUUUAAUGGAUAUAUGUAUAGAAUAUUGUAUAUAACUUUUACGUGGCGAACUUUUUUUAUAAGUACAAUCUAUAUAUU